AUGCUCUCCAGGCGCAUUGUAGCGGUCCGCCCGCUGACCCGGGCUGUCGUCCCCGCAGCAGCACGACUACGCCCACACUUCACCCAGAUCCGAACAGCCCUCACCGAUGCUGAGAAGGUUGAGCUCGCGGACCCCAACCAAAACGGCGGCUACAUCAACCCACCCGCAGAGCUGCGGUCGAAGCGCGACCCGUACGGCGAUUACUGGGACAAGCAAGACCGUCGCAACUACGGCGAGCCCUGCCACGAAGACCACGAUAUUCUCGGUGCCGUUUCGCUGCACGACUAUGACCAUUUCACGCCAGGCUGGGGCUUCGUACUGAUGGGCACCUUCAUUGCCUCCGUCUUCGGGCUUUGCACCGCUGUCAGCAUGGUCUACCCCGACAAGGUCAGCGCGCCAAAGACGUAUGGGGAUGGCCUGGAAGCUGAGUUGGGUGGUAAGGGUGCUUUACUCGCAAGGAAGCCGGGUCAGGGCUGGUAGAUCUGCGGUUAAUCUAAACAGCAACAUGUAAAUACAAUCGGAUUCCACCUUUUCUUUGUCAAAUCAUGUCCAUCAGAAUAGGAUAGACUACUUUUGAAUUCAGUACUGGACCAGAUUCGAGCUUCUUGAAAUGGAAGAGUAUGUAUGGGGUUUAACACAGGAGAAAUCAAUCUCGAUUCGAAUCGAGUAAGAAACCAACCCUCUGAUAUGGU